GCAUUUCAUCCUGCGGGUCUGCAGUCUGUGCUAUUUAGACUAUUGCUCAGUUGGAAUACUGCUGCGGGUGUGAUUUUGUGUUGUGUUAAUGUGUUCUGUAAUGACCCUUUAAGGCACUACGCUUUUUUAAUACUGAUUGUAGCAACAUUUGCUGCACCAAAAUUACAAUUUUAUGACGACAAUUGGAUCAACGGAGCAUUUAACCUGAAGUGCUGUCAUAUUGGCAUAGAAACAGACCUUCGAAUAAAGAAGUUGGCUGAAAGAUGAUGCGUGGAACCUGAUUUCUCCCUCCCCUCCCCCCCUUUUACCUUGGGCUGAAUGAAGACUGUAAUGGGAAGGCUAUUCACACAGAUCAAAAGAAGCACUGGAGUGAUGAACUACUUCUGCAGGAAAAGUCUAAAGCAAUAAUUCAAGCUGUUGUGCUUUGGUAUUUUGCUGAUGCUGUUGUUACCGGCGUUUAUUCCUCCUAUAUUUUCUGUUGGAGAAGCUAGAGCGACGGCCUCAUAAUGGAAAACAAAUGAACUGAAUUGGAUUUUGACUUGAUGGAGUGAAGCAUUCUGUGUUCCUGUCUGUUGAGGAAUCUGGAUUGAACAAGCAAUAUUAUUAUAUGAGUUUCAUUGUCCUUUGUCUGACUCAUCAAAUGUAAAUGUACUGCAGUUUAGCUCUACAUUGCAGGGAUUUUUACAUGGAGAAGAAAUGUCAACCUUGGAGCUACGGUGCUGAAUAGCUGCUGAGAAAUAGAUGGCUUUUUGUAUGGAAGAUUUCUGACAUUAAGAAACAUACAGUUGCUGGUUGAAGAAUGAUUAUGACCUGGAAUGCUUAGGACAGUCAUGUAUUCUUUUUUCCCCGGUAGGAAUUGUACUACUGUUAACUGGAGACUGACCUUGCAGGAGUGGGGAGAGCUGUGAUCAUCUCUGCUGGAGCAAUUGUUUUUUGUUUUAGUUCUAUGCAGAAUGGUGUCAUCUGCAACAAUGAUUUUACUGUUCAGAUAAUUUUAUUCUGCAGAAAUUAAACAAAAGCAAAUUGGUUGUAAAAGUACAGAAUUUCUAUACAUAUACUGUUGUGACUUCUGCAAUAUUGAUGGAACAGAGAGUAUUUUUUUAGUAGAUUGAAUACUAUAAAGCAAUAGGAGAACCUCUCUUUUGUAGACUAUUUUUGGAAAACAUCAUUAGCUGAACAUCUCAGGUUACUGAAUUUGGCAAAUAGACUAAUUAUACGUAACAUUCAAAGAUUUAAAAACAGAGUACUGAUAUUUUCAAAUUAUGUUCAAGAAGAAAAGAACUUUCUCUGCUGCCUUGGUUGUACUUGGAGCAAAAAUCUAGGUGUCUUUACCUUCCAACGGUUCGAAUGAGUCGAGUGUGUAUUGUUGUUUUGGAGGAGGUAGAGGAUGAUUCUCCCACAUAUAUUUCCAAGCUGCCUCAGGAAAGCAUUUCUCUACUUCCUUCAUCUUCAGGAAAUGUCUUGCCACCACUUGUUCAAGCUAUAUUUAAUGGGGAUCCUGAUGAAGUUCGUGCACUAAUUUUUAAAAAAGAAGAUGUCAACUUUCAGGAUAAUGAAAAAAGGACUCCUUUACAUGCUGCUGCUUAUCUGGGAGAUGCAGAAAUCAUUGAGCUACUUAUUUUAUCUGGAGCUAGAGUUAAUGCCAAAGACAGCAAAUGGUUAACUCCCUUACACAGAGCUGUUGCAUCAUGUAGUGAGGAUGCUGUUCAGGUGUUGUUGAAGCAUUCAGCAGAUGUCAAUGCCCGUGACAAAAACUGGCAAACACCACUACACAUAGCAGCUGCAAAUAAAGCUGUUAAGUGCGCAGAAGCCUUGGUGCCACUUCUCAGUAAUGUGAAUGUGUCAGACCGUGCUGGUAGAACAGCAUUACAUCAUGCAGCCUUCAGUGGACAUGUUGAGAUGGUCAGUUUGUUGUUGUCUAGAGGUGCCAACAUUAAUGCCUUCGACAAGAAAGACAGACGAGCUAUUCACUGGGCAGCCUAUAUGGGUCAUAUUGAUGUAGUAAAACUGCUUGUAGCCCAUGGAGCUGAAGUGACCUGUAAAGACAAGAAAUCCUAUACACCGCUACACGCUGCAGCUUCCAGUGGAAUGAUCAGUGUAGUCAAGUAUCUUCUGGAUCUUGGAGUUGAUAUGAAUGAACCAAAUGCAUAUGGAAACACACCUCUUCAUGUUGCUUGUUUCAAUGGACAAGAUGUUGUUGUAAAUGAAUUGAUAGACUGUGGUGCUAAUGUAAAUCAAAUGAAUGAGAAGGGAUUUACACCUUUACAUUUUGCGGCUGCAUCAACCCAUGGAGCAUUGUGCUUAGAACUUCUGGUCUGUAAUGGUGCAGAUGUGAAUAUGAAGAGUAAAGAUGGGAAAACACCACUGCAUAUGACAGCAAUCCAUGGAAGAUUUUCAAGAUCGCAAACCAUCAUCCAAAACGGAGCGGAAAUAGACUGUGAAGAUAAGAAUGGAAAUACACCUUUGCACAUAGCAGCCCGAUAUGGCCAUGAACUGCUAAUCAACACAUUAAUUACAAGUGGUGCUGAUACUGCAAAGCGGGGUAUACAUGGGAUGUUUCCUCUCCAUUUGGCAGCAUUAAGUGGAUUUUCAGACUGUUGCAGAAAACUGCUUUCAUCAGGCUUUGACGUAGAUACUCCAGAUGAUUUUGGCAGGACGUGUCUUCAUGCAGCUGCAGCUGGAGGAAACUUGGAGUGCCUAAAUCUGUUGCUCAACACAGGUGCAGACUUCAAUAAGAAAGACAAAUUUGGAAGAACUCCGCUCCAUUAUGCUGCUGCCAACUGUAAUUACCAGUGCCUGUUUGCCCUUGUGGGUUCUGGAGCUAGUGUAAAUGACCUUGAUGAAAGGGGCUGUACACCACUGCACUAUGCAGCUGCAUCCGAUACUGAUGGAAAGUGCCUGGAAUACUUACUAAGAAAUGAUGCAAAUCCAGGUAUUCGAGACAAACAAGGAUACAAUGCUGUUCAUUAUUCUGCUGCUUAUGGUCAUCGCUUAUGCCUUGAAUUGAUUGCCAGUGAAACGCCUCUAGAUGUUCUAAUGGAAACUUCAGGAACUGACAUGCUGAAUGAUUCAGACAGCAGGGCACCAAUUAGUCCAUUGCAUUUAGCUGCCUACCAUGGACACCAUCACGCUUUGGAAGUGUUAGUGCAGUCUUUGUUGGAUCUUGAUGUCCGGAACAAUAAUGGAAGAACGCCUUUGGAUCUUGCUGCUUUUAAGGGACAUGUUGAAUGUGUGGAUGUACUCAUUAAUCAGGGAGCAUCUAUCUUGGUGAAAGAUUAUAUUGUAAAGAGAACACCAAUACAUGCUGCAGCCACAAAUGGUCAUUCAGAAUGCCUGCGGUUGUUGAUAGGAAAUGCAGAGCCACAGAAUGCUGUGGACAUUCAAGAUGGAAAUGGACAGACUCCUUUGAUGUUGUCUGUUCUCAAUGGGCAUACAGAUUGUGUCUAUUCACUGCUUAACAAAGGAGCAAAUGUAGAUGCCAAAGAUAAAUGGGGAAGAACAGCACUACAUAGAGGGGCAGUUACUGGGCAUGAGGAGUGUGUAGAAGCCCUGCUUCAGCAUGGUUCUAAGUCUACGCUACGAGACUGCAGAGGACGGACACCUAUACAUUUGUCAGCUGCGUGUGGACAUAUUGGGGUACUAGGAGCACUAUUACAGCCAAUGGCAUCUGGGGAGGCAGUACUUGCCCUAGCAGACAAUCAGGGAUACACGUCAUUGCACUGGGCCUGUUACAAUGGUCAUGACAGUUGUGUGGAACUUCUUUUGGAGCAGGAAGUUUUCCAGAAACUGGAAGGGAAUUCUUUCAGCCCAUUGCAUUGUGCAGUGAUCAAUGAUAACGAAGGUGCUGCUGAAAUGUUAAUUGAUACACUAGGCUCUGGCAUUGUAAAUUGCACAGAUGCAAAAGGAAGAACUCCCCUCCAUGCUGCUGCCUUUACAGACCAUGUAGAGUGCUUACAGCUUUUGCUCAGCCAUAAUGCACAAGUAAACUCUGUAGAUUCUUCUGGGAAGACUCCUCUAAUGAUGGCUGCAGAAAAUGGGCAAACAAAUACAGUCGAGGUGUUGGUAAGCAGUGCUAAAGCUGAUCUGACCUUGCAAGAUAAAUGUAAAAACACAGCACUGCAUUUGGCUUGCAGCAAGGGUCAUGAAACUAGUGCCUUGUUAAUACUGGAAAAGAUUACAGAUAGAAAUCUCAUCAAUGCCACCAAUGCAGCCUUGCAAACGCCAUUGCAUGUUGCUGCUCGAAAUGGAUUAACAGUUGUAGUCCAGGAACUUCUAGGGAAAGGAGCAAGUGUGCUUGCAGUAGAUGAAAAUGGUUAUACACCAGCUUUGGCCUGUGCUCCUAACAAGGAUGUGGCUGAUUGCCUAGCUCUCAUUUUGGCCACAAUGAUGCCUGUUUCUUCCAGCAGUACCGUACCUUCCUUUACAUUCAAUGCCAUUAAUCAUUACACCAACACCUCAAAAACUGUCACCUUUGACUCCUUGCCAAUUAUCAGGAGUGAACAUAGCUCUUACUGUAGUUUCAACAAUAUUGGCAGGGAAGAUGGCUAUACAUAUACAGAAGAAGAUGAACUGAAUGACUCUGAUUCUGAAACCUAUUAAGAAGCUCCAUUGGAGGUGUAAAGAGUAAACUCAGUUGAUGAAUUUCAAGAUUCUGGUGUUGGAGGAAGCAGUCUAAAUAUUUAAAAGGACAGCCCAAAGAGAAGAUUUUUUUUUUUGAAAAAAUGUGAGUGCAUAUGGAAGAUUUGUCCUGCUCCUGAAAGUUUUUAAAAAGCAGGUUAGGCAAAGGUAAACAUUCUUGAAAAUGCUUGGAAUCCAUGGUGCAAAAAGUUACAUAGAAUAUUGUUUAAUUGCAGUGUACUGGGUUGUCACUGGUGCAGGGAAUAAUCCCAAGAAGGCUGUGCACCAUUGUCUGUGUAAGUGAACACAUAGUUGUACAACAAAGAAGACCACAGAUUUAAAUCCUACCAAUAAAACUAAGACCAUUUUGAAGGCAAUAAUUAAGUUUGGUGCAGAAGGCAUUGUUUGUGCAGCAAAUUGCCAAAGGACCAAAUAACUUACACUUUUUAAUUAAAAAAACUUUUUGAGAAAACUUGAAUAGAUUAAGUAAAUCGUCUUAACCCAACCCUUGAAUUAAUUCUGGCAAAUAAUCCUAGACUUGGUUUUAAAUGUUGAUUUGUUUUUAAUCAUUUAACAGCCUUCCGACACUAUUAAAUGUACCACAAAAAAGGAGGUGUGCUUUUCAGUUGUGUGUGUGUUCUUUCAGAUAAGAUGGAAAAGAACUUGUCAGUUUUACAGUACUGUAACUAGCUUAGCCAGGUUGCAGUCAGGGUGAAUUUUAUACAAGUAUAAUAAAGGAAGGUGAGUUAGAGAUGCAGUCAUGAUUGCAGAUUCCCCUGCCCCUUUUACAAACAAUCCUGCUGUGUUAAAAUAUUUUUUUUAAUUAAAAAUACAAGAAGGAUAAUUACCUGGACAACUGAGACUGCACCAAAAACAGAACUGCAAUAUCCUGACACCCUGAUAGGCUGCCUUAGAGGAAUGGAAUUUUUUUACAACUCACCCAGUCUUCUACAUCAUAAAGUAAAAAGGAGAUUUGUGCCUCUGUGGUGUAUAUAAUUUUUUUUAAAAAAAACUCCUAGGGUUUUAAGGCACUGGAUGUGGUUAUGGGUGAUAAAAAUAGUUUCCUUAUCAAAAAGGUACAGUGUCGGAUCUUCGGGAACAUUAUAUACUAUUGUCUAGCAGCUUAUCAAAAGAUAAGUUCCCUCUGCUAUAAUUAAAAUGAAUUCUAAGUUUCUCUAAUUUAUAACAGGCUACUGUAAAAAAAAAUUGAAGACUGGAAAACUUUUUACCACUCUAAGCUGAAGUUUCUGUUUAAGUAGAGGUAUUUACUUAUUUGGUUCUGCUUUAAUUGAAAGAUAACAGUUAUAAUUAAAUGCUUAUGUACAUGCAAGGACAUUUUCUUGCAUGUUGAGGUAAAAUACAAAUAAAUUGCUAUAAACUGUACCCCACCUUCUAUCCUUUUUUGUAUUGUGAAACUGGAAAUCCUAAUGCCAUUGUAAAUUAUCAGCUUGUUUUCUGAACAAAGUGUGGAAACACAGGACAGUAUUUUGAUCUAUUUGAUAAUUUUGUGGGUUUUUGAAGAAUUAAUGAGCAUGUACAUAGAAAUAGCAACUGCUUGAAUACUGUAUUUACCUGCACUCUUUGAGUACAUCAAGAUUCCUGUGUAUAUUUUACAGAGUAUAAUAAAACCCAGAUGUGAGAGUUGUA